AUGCUUGAAAUGAAGGACCAGAUGUUCUCGAUUAGAGGUAAAAAGGAGGUUCGUGAUACAAAGGGGAACGUGCAUUUCAAUGUCGCGAACAGGCUGAUUUCUCUUCCUGCCAAGACCGAAAUCCUGGACGCCGCAGGAGCACCCGUGUGCAUGCUAGUAAGCAAGGUGUUCAGUCUGCACAACACCACCUACCUCUGCUCGGGAAACAGCACAGACACCAAGGCUCCCUUGCUUACCGCCAAGAAAGUCAUUCUCUCCCUUGGCCCCGUUCUUCAGGUGUUUUUACAGGGAAAUGUUUCAGACAAUCCGGACAUUACCCUAACUGGCUCGAUUAUCAAGCAUGAUUUCAAGAUCACCACCAGCAAUGGCACGCUGUUGGCCGAAGUAGGCCGUGACUUGUUCACUGCACGAGACCUUCUGCUCCACCAACAGACAUACUUCGUGCGAAUCUUGCCGAAUGUCGACAUGGCGUUGAUUCUGGCUCUGGUUGUUAUGGCGGACUCGAUCUUUGUCGACCAGAAAGGGUCGGGCGUUCAUGUUGGCGUUAGUGUUGGAAGUCAUCACAGCCACCGCAGACGAGCUAAUGAUGAUGACACGCCUCCUACCCUCUCCAUGUGGGCCAAAAAAACGCUGGUUUUCGCCACCCGGAGUGGGUAG